UUUAAUUCCUAAUAAAAGUUCCUAAGUUGCAAUUUAAUUUGUAAGAAUUUUCAUAAAUUUCCAUCUUUAUUGUCAAGAGUCAGUGCGAAUUUUCUUUGAAAAUAUUUACGGAUAUGGCAGAACAUGAUCGAAGAAGCAUUUAUGAGCGAAGAAGAAACAUAAUUUAUUUAAUUGCUGAAUAUCUGAAAGAGGCUGGACUGAAUAAAACUCAUGCGGCACUGAUUGAUGAGUCACAAUUAUCCAAUGAUUUUACCAUUUGCGACAAUGUUGAUCUUGAGACAAUUUAUUUGGAAUUUUGUAGCUAUUAUCACGUCAAAUUUGGCAAGAAACCCAGAUUUGUCAAGCGUAAUGAACAGCAGCAACAACAACAAACAGUCAAUGGACAUAAAAACACUCAAAUAUCAUCAUCAUCGUCAUCUAAUAAUCCAGUAGAUCCACAAGCAGCUCGACAAAUUCUAGCAAAAAAGAGAGCAAGCUUAAAAACAGCAUCACAUGCAGCAACAACAAUGUCGACAAUUUUCCCCGAGUCUGAACUCCGAGUUAUUCGUGACUUAGAGACGAGUCAAUGUUUGCAAGUUGCAAGCUUAUCGCCAACAUCCAUUUAUGAAUCGAAUGAAAAGAUUUCCAUAAUAUCAACAGGGAUUUUUAGGAAAUCAAUGCACGAGUUCUACAAUUCACAUCCACACGAUUGGAAGGAUAUAAGUGAAGUCAUCAUAAGGGAUGUGAUUAGGAAGAAUUUAUGUGUAAAAUGGGAUGAUAUUGUCGGCUUAGAUGAUGCUAAAAUGAUUUUACGAGAGAGCGUAAUAUUUCCGAUGAAAUAUCCGCAGCUCUUUAAUCGACUACAGGCUUGGAAAGCUGUUCUCAUGCAUGGCGUAUCUGGCUGUGGAAAGACGUUAUUGGCAAAAGCAUUGUGCACUGAAACACACGAAAUUUUUACAUUUUUCAACAUCUCUGCCAGUACAUUGAUUUCAAAAUGGCGCGGUGAAUCAGAAAAGCUCAUUCGAGUGCUAUUCGAGCUAGCAAAAUAUCACGAACCAUCUAUAAUCUUCAUCGAUGAAUUGGAUAGUUUGACAUCAAAACGAAAUUUAGGAAUGGAACAUGAAGCUACGAAGCGCUUGAAAAAUGAUUUUUUGUCGUUGCUGGAUGGUCUUGAGAGCGAUGAAAAUGGAAAAGUCUUUGUGCUUGGUUCGACUAACUUGCCAUGGGAUAUAGACACAGCAUUCCUCCGACGAUUUGAAAGGAAAAUUCACAUAGAUGUGCCAACAACACAAGAACGUCAAAAUCUCAUCAAACAUUUUCUUUCGAGCACCAGAGAAUGGCGUGAAGAUGAUUUAGAGGAUCUUGCAUUAUUGAGUGAAAAUUUUACUGGCGAUGACAUUCGAGUGGCGAUAAAAGAAGCAAAUAUGAUGAUAAUAAGAAAGAAAAUUCACAAUGAGAAUUUUACGACACACAAUGAGAUGGACGUUGAAUGUCAUCACUUGAAAGAAGCAUUCAAAAGUAUAAAACCAAAUCCUGAAAGUGAUAUUAACAAACAUCGUCAAUGGAUCUCGAGUUUUGUAAAAUCUUAAAUUGAAUUUCUUUCAUCCAUCGACUUUACAGCUUUUUUUUGUACUUACUAUAACUUUCGGACACAAGAAUGAAAAUUUAAAUUGAAAAAAAGAGGAUGAGAAAGUUUCAGCACUGAAAGCAACAGCAGUGUAAAAGUGACGUUUUUCUACUCCUUUUUAUGUUUCAUGAAAGGUCCUCUUACAAGUGCUCAAGUAUGGCAACAAAUUUAGUGAAUGACACUUGAAUAAAAUAUUUUUCCCCUUUUUUUCCAAAGAGAGUGGAAAUCGCUUUAAAUAAGUCUUACAAGUGGUCCUUACUUCAAAGCUUACAUCCAUUCUGUAAAUUCUUAACUUCCUUUGUUUGAUUUUUAUUCAGGAACAGUUUAGAAUGAAUGUUGACAGAUUCUGAAAUUCGAUGGAUGUAAUUUAAAGUGUGAAUUAUUCUAGGGAUCAAAUUUCCAUUUUGGAUGUACUGAAAUCUG